CCCUGUUACUUCUUACUGUUGUGAGUCUGCCUCCAGAUCCUUCCUUUCCACAGUAUACCGUACACACUGACAGGUUUGGUUCUUCUGUUCAUUACUUUGGGCAGACCUCUGAGUUCCCUGCCUAUCCCUUCAGGAAGGAGGACUUACCACGGUUCAUGGCGAGUGAUGCACGCUGCAAAAGGUGUGUGCGUGUAGUGUGAGCGAGAGACAUCUGUGUGUGUGUGUGCCCGUGUGUGUGUGUCUGGAGAGAGAGAGAGACAUAGACCGAGCCCCUAACACGGAGCAUGCCUCUGCGUCCGGCAGCCGGCAAACAUGAGCCACCCAGCCCUCCACGGCAGGACCAGCAGCAGCAGCAGCACACACACUCACACACACUCACACACCCUUACACACACACACCAAACGGCAGCCAGGGGGCCAGCACUGACAGCGGCAGCUCCCGGGAAGAGGACAGCGGCAUUCCCAUUCCUGUCGGUGUUCCAGCUUUCCGUCCCGGUGCAGAGCGGAGCCACAGUGCAAGAGCACCAAUGGAGGAGCCGACAGGCAACACCGUGGUCAUCCGCAUUGGAAUCCCAGACCUACAACAGACGAAAUGUAUGAAAUUCAAUGUGGAUGCCCCUAUCUGGCUGUCAAAGCAGCGGAUCCUGUGUACUCUCAACCAGAGCCUGAAGGAUGUACUCAACUAUGGCCUAUUCCAGCCAGCCUACAACGGCAGGGCUGGCAAGUUUCUGGAUGAGGAGAGACAGCUAAGGGAAUACCCCUUCCCAUCCAUUGCUCCUGUACCUUACCUAGAGUUCCGCUAUAAAAGACGUGUCUACACCCAAAGUCACCUGGAUGAAAAACAGCUGUCUAAGCUCCACACCAAGGCAAGCCUGAAGAAGUUCAUGGAGUAUGUGCAGCAGAAGAACAUUGAAAAGGUCUCAAGGUUCCUGGAAAAAGGCCUGGACCCCAACUUCCAUGAUCCAGAAACAGGAGAAUGUCCUCUAACACUGGCAGCACAGCUGGAGGGAUGUGGAGAGCUCAUCAAGGUGCUGAAAAGUGGAGGGGCACAUCUGGACUUCAGAACAAAAGAUGGCAUUACUGCCCUACACAAGGCUGUGCGCAGCAAGAACCAUACAGCGCUUAUAACAUUGUUGGAUCUGGGUGCGUCCCCUGACUAUAAAGACAGCAGGGGUUUGACUCCUCUCUACCACAGCUCAAUGGUAGGAGGAGAUCCCUACUGCUGUGAGCUGCUUCUGCAUGAUCAUGCACAGGUUGGAUGUGUGGACGAGAAUGGCUGGCAGGAGAUACACCAGGCCUGCCGCUAUGGCCACGUGCAGCACCUGGAACACCUGCUGUUUUAUGGAGCUGACAUGAGCGCCCAGAAUGCAUCUGGAAACACCGCCCUGCAUGUGUGCGCUCUCUACAACCAGGAUAGCUGUGCACGAGUUAUCCUGUUUCGGGGGGCCAAUAAAGAGAUAAAGAACUACAACAGCCAGACCGCCUUUCAGGUGGCUAUUAUAGCAGGAAAUUUUGAUCUGGCUGAAAUCAUAAAGGUCCACAAAGCAUCAGAUGUUGUGCCUUUCAGGGAGACCCCCUCCUACACCAACCGUCGACGUGCGACACCUGGCCCCCUGCCCUCGCCACGUUCUUUGCUCCGCUCUGCUAGUGACAACAACCUGAACGGGGACCAUGAUCACAUCCACGGCCAGGCCCCCAGAGAAAUUCGUGGCCGUCAAGGCCACUCCCCUGUCCCCUCACUGCGCAGUCUGCCAGCUUUUGGGCAGCAGCACAGUAGUCUUGGAGAGAGCCGUCACGGAGAGAUCCCUGACAGCAGUCUCCAGAGUACAGGCAGCUCCAGAUCCUCCCAUUCCCGCUCGCCUUCACUACAUCACAUGCAUGAAGAAGACAAGCCGGUUCCCCGAAGGUCCCACAGCCAUGGUUACCCUCAUGGGUACGGCCAUCGUGGAAGACUAAGCCCUGGCUCAGUGCAGCGAGACCCAAGCCCCCCCCAUCACACGCCUCCAGCGCUGACGGGCCCCCGCGGGCCCAAACGGAAACUCUAUAGUGCUGUCCCAGGACGUACCUUCAUUGUGGUCAAGCCCUACACGCCACAGGGGGAGGGAGAGAUCCAACUUAAUCGCGGAGAGAGAGUCAAAGACUAUGACUGUAAUGACAUGGAAGUUCUGAGUAUAGGGGAAGGAGGUUUCUGGGAAGGCACGGUCAAAGGGAGGACAGGCUGGUUUCCAGCAGACUAUGUGGAAGAGGUUCAGAUGAGGCAGUUUGACCCACGACUAGAGACUCGGGAGGACCGCACAAAGAGGCUGUUCAGACACUACACUGUGGGAUCCUACGACAACUUCACCUCAUACAGAAAGGUUUAUUACGGGUCUCCUGGCUCCAGCAGCAGGAACUCUGUGUUCCCUUGUGACUAUAUCAUAGAGGAGAAGAAUGCUGUUUUACAGAAGAAAGAAAAUGAGGGGUUUGGCUUUGUCCUCCGGGGAGCCAAAGCCGAGACGCCCAUUGAAGAGUUUACCCCCACCCCAGCGUUCCCUGCCCUUCAGUACCUAGAGUCUGUGGACGUGGAGGGAGUGGCCUGGAGGGCUGGUCUGAGGACAGGAGACUUCCUCAUUGAGGUAAAUGGGGUGAAUGUAGUGAAAGUUGGCCAUAAGCAAGUAGUGUCCUUGAUCCGGCAAGGGGGCAACAGGCUGCUGAUGAAGGUGGUGUCUGUCACACGCAAACCUGAGUCUGAGGAAGUUGUUCGCAAGAAAGCUCCCCCACCACCCAAGAGAGCUCCCAGCACCACCCUGACACUGCGCUCUAAGUCCAUGACCGCUGAGCUAGAGGAACUGGCUUCUGCUCGGAGGAGAAGAGGAGAGAGACUAGAUGAGAUGUUGGCAUCCCAGGAGUCUAUCUUGCGUUCUCAGCCCCCGGAGGCAGAUUACAGAGCAGCUACUGUCAAACAAAGGCCCACCAGCAGGAGAAUAACACCAGCAGAGAUCAGUUCACUGUUUGAGAGACAAGGGAUGACUCUUCAUGGAGGUCUUCACCCAGGCAUUGAGAGAGGUCACAUACCACUACCAAAGGGGAUGUCCAGGACCAAGUCAUUUGGUGCCACUGAGGAGGAUCAGCUGUCAGCCCUUGCAGGGGAGCACAGAUUUCCCCGCAGUUCCUCUAUGACAGACAGCCUCCGAGAACACUUACAGCCCCAUCCCAUCCCUCCACCUCCACAAACAGCUCCUCCUCCUCCACCCACCUACUACCUAGACACUGGUCCUCCCCCAGCCUUCUGUCCCCCUCCUCCACCAUCUAGGACCCACAGUCAGGGCCAUGAGCCUGGCGUACGCUCCAGCUUCAAGCCCUCCUCCUUGGACCUGCCUUACGAGGCUGCUCAGCGGCAGGCCACACAUUUAGAGAGACAGAAGAAAGCCCGCUCCAUGAUCAUCCUCCAGGAUUCUUCUCAUCUACCUGUAGAAGCUACAGAUAUUCCCCGUCCUUCUGCUGCUACUCCACCUGAGCGAAUCAAAAGGAAGGGACGGGUUAUUGAUAACCCUUAUGCUAAUGUUGGUCAAUUUAGCAUUGGACUGUACACACCCACCAAGCCACAGAGGAAGAAAAGUCCCCUGGUGAAACAACUACAGGUGGAAGAUGCACAAGAAAAAGCAAGUUUGGCCUUUGCUGCUGCCCAUUCCAGAGAGAGCUCACCCUCAGGGCGACACCCUUAUACACAUGGACACACACACACCAGCCGUGCAGACUACUACCAGCAGCAGCUGAUGGUUGAGCGAGAGCGUUUGCGUUCCCAGGGAGAGAUGAUGUUUCAGGGUAAGGGACCUUUUGCCGCUGCAAUAGCUGGAGCAGUGAAGGAUCGUGAGCGUCGCCUAGAAGAACGAAGGAAAUCCACUGUCUUCCUUUCAGUUGGAACCAUGGAGGGGGCGUCUACCACCAGCUCUGACUCCCCCUCUCUGACUCAGUCUCACUCCAUCGAUGAACGGAUGCUCACCCGAGAGCUGGGACAGCUGCCUCCCCCUGCCUUGGCACUAAGCCCCUCACCUAGUGGGACCACCUUUAUUCAUCCGCUCACAGGAAAGCCCCUGGACCCCAACUCUCCACUGGCUCUUGCGCUGGCCGCAAGGGAGAGAGCACUGACCUCCCAGAGCCAGACCCCAACUAGUAGCCCAGAACCCAGGACUAAACAGGAGCGGGCUGGCCAGGGAGUAAUAUUCAUUGACCCUCAGACCAAAGAGUCUCCACAUGGGGAAGGGGGGCCCGCAACUCCCCCUUUUUCGCCUAAAAGCGCCAAGGCAGUGGGGUAUGGUGUUGGAUCCUCGCCAGUAUCUAUUUUAGUUCCCCAGUCCACCAAAUCUCAGUGGGCCACAUCCCCAUCCCCUGUAUUAUUCCGGCAGGAGAUGGGGGCCAAAGUGGAGGAAAGGAAGGAGGAUAAAAAAAGUAUGUUGAUCAGUAUUAUGGAUACAUCACAGCAGAAAACAGCAGGGCUUAUCAUGGUCCAUGCUACCAGUAACGGCCAGGCUGUUGGGGUGGGUUCAGAACUAGUCUUACAGCCCCAGGCCCAGCUUCAGACCCAGCCUCAAACUCAGCGUCCUGCUAGUCCAGCCCAAGAGAAGAGUCUGGCUCAGGGAAGCUCCGAAGAGGAUGUGGAUCCUUAUACAGUGACCCUGCCCCCUGCACUGUUGUCCUCCAGUGAUGAGGAAACUAGAGAGGAGCUACGUAAGAUUGGAGUUGUUCCACCACCAGAUGAGUUUGCUAAUGGGCUGCUGGCACAGGCACAGGGGACUCCAACAUCCCCAACUAAACCUGUCUCCUCUCCCACCACUCCUACAACAACAACAACACCCCAAACUCCCUCAACCCCAACAACCCCAGUGGUGACCCCCGCUCAGCCUCAGCUUCCCCAGCCGGCACCUCCACCCAGUGCAGCAGCUGCCUCAGGGAAGCCCUCUGACCCUCUGGAGCCCCCACCGGUGGGCGAGUCUGGUUCUGCGGCUGACUCAGGUGUGGAGGAGGCUGACACACGUAGCUCCAGUGACAGAGAGCGAGACCACCACCUCGAGACCACCAGCACCAUCUCCACGGUUUCCAGCAUGUCUACAUUGUCCUCAGAAAGCGGCGAGCCUGCCGACACACACACCACGCACACCUCCUAUGCCGACGGGCAGACUUUUGUGCUCGACAAGCCGCCAGUGCCUCCUAAGCCCCGACUUAAGUCCCAGAUUGGAGGCAGUAAAGGCCCCGUCACCUUCAGGGACCCUUUGCUGAAGCAGAGCUCUGACAGCGAGCUGCUAUCACAACAACAAGCUGCUGCACUGGCUGCAGCUGCAGCUGGAGGAGUUGGGCUGCCCUCUGGUGGUUCAGCAUCAGUGACUGGACUAGCCCCCACCAAGCCGCGCUACCUCUUCCAGCGGAGGUCCAAGCUGUGGGGGGACCCAGUGGAGCCUCGUGGGCAAGGCGUGGGGCUAGGUAUUGGGAGUUUGGGCAAUCUUGGUGGGCUGGGACUGGGGCUGGGUGUAGAUGAGGGAGCAAAACCAUCUGUUAUGGGUGAGCUCAGUUCAAGACUACAGCAGCUAAAUAAAGACACUAGGUCACUGGGAGAGGAACCACUGGGAGCAUCACUUGACCCGGGGAGAAAGUCACCUGUGGCAGGUGCCAGACUUUUCAGCAGCCUAGGGGAGCUCCACACCAUUUCUCAGAGGAGUUAUGGCACCACAUACACCAUUCGCCCUGGCAGCCGUUACCCCAUCACCCGACGCACCCUAAGCCCAGGUUCAGGCUCACCUGAUCGGGGCGACCCUCUUGGAAGAUUUUCCACCUUUGGCCUACCGACUUCACCGACCACACCGCCACAAACCAUCCUCAAAUCCUCAAGUCUCAGCCUACCCCAGGAGCCUAAAGAGGUUCGCUUUGUAAUGAGGAGCUCCAGCGCCCGUUCCCGCUCUCGCUCCCCAUCUCCAUCACCUUCCCAUUCCCCUGGCCUGGGGUCACCACUUUUAGCCCUCCGACCCUUCCACCAGAAACCCCUCCACCUCUGGAAUAAGUACGACGUUGGCGACUGGCUGGAGAGCAUCAAUCUGGGGGAGCACAGAGCAGGGUUUCAGGAACAUGAGAUCGAAGGCUCUCACCUCCCAGCUCUAACCAAGGAGGACUUUGCAGAGCUAGGAGUGACACGAGUCGGACACCGCAUGAACAUUGAACGAGCACUAAAAAUGCUGCUAGAGAGCUGACCCCUGCCCUAAAACACAGCAACAGAAGGAGAGAAAGACAUAGAUAGAGCGGGCAAUAGAUAAAGUUGAUAAAAUAGUAAACAUAGGGGCCACUCCUCUUUUACUCGGGCUGCUUUUAUGUUCUGCAUCACAAAUGUUUUGUGUACUUUAGCAACACGUAAUGUUCCCUUUCUGCAUUAAUACCCUGCACUGCACUGAAGAGGUGGAGUCAAUUCAUUUGCCCCUGUCCUCGGCCCUUAAUGUCGGCCCCCCUCCUUGCCUGCAGCCAAUUAGAUCAGACCUCAAAAUGGGCUCUGGUCUUUCUUUGCCAAGGAGAAUAGCAUGAGCUCCAAUUACAACGUUUGAUUUGUGAAAAGCUUCAGUUGUUCCCUUACUAACACCCACACUUUCUCUCUCACUAUUCCCUCCUCUCCUCUCUACCUCUAUCCCUCCAUCUUUUAGGCCUCUGAAAGCCUUUUGCAGUUUGAGUAAAGGAGGAGGAGGAAGAAAGCUCAGUUGCCUUUCAAAAUAUUUAUACAGAGAUCAACAAUGAUGAACACAGGACUAUGGACAAAUGUGUGUCCCCUCUAUACGUGCUGUUGUUUUUAAACCGAAGACUUUUGAGCCCAGAAGUGGCGCUCCACCAAGAAAACCACGGGAGAAAACCAAUACGCCUUGGUACCCAGACUGUGCUAUCUAUUAUAUUUGGAGAAUGUUUAACCAACACUCGUGGCUUUUUUCAUAAUCAAUUUUUUUGGUUUUCCAAAGGGAAUAUUAUAUAUAGGUAUUAUAAAAUAUGAUAUAUAUGUAUCAAAAUAUAGCUUUCAGAAGAAAAGACAAUAUUGCAAAGAGGAAAUGUAAUAAAUUAAUCUGCGCCUGUUUUUGGUUUUUAGUAUAGAAGGCAGAGAAAAAUCUUUAAAUUAAUUUCACCAAUAGUCUACUCAUUUCUACCAAUUAUAUACAUAUACAUAUAUAUAUAUAUAUAUAAAUAUAUAUUUGAAAUAAAAAUCAAAAAGUACAUAGAUAUGGAAAUGAACUUUUUGUCAUAGGUAUACAACUUUCCUUAUGGUCACCCUUUCUUGAACCGUAGCAUGACGAGUUGCAUCAUGUCUUAGACAGAGAGUUUGAUGUUUGUUUUUAUUUUCUUACGGUCUUCCUUCAUACUAAAGGGCAUCCCGUAAUGUGAGGCUGAGACCUCAGCUGACACCCAUCCCUACUGCCUCAGCUACAGAUCUGACUGACGUGGUUCUGACCCUGUUUUGUCCACAACAACAUACAGUUACAGUAGGACCACCUAUUGAGACAGCUAAUUGGUAAAAGGGGUUCUUCAUCUUUUGCCUAUUUAUCACUCAGGGAUGGAUGUUUGGGGCACUAUCAUGGAGAGGUUGUUGGCUGUUGUUUUAUGACUAUCUAUUUAAAAAUUAUUAUUACUAUUAAAAAUGUUAUGCUAGUAAAAUCUCCAUCCCUGUGACCCCUGAUGAAGCUUGUCAGCCCAGCACAAGGUCUGGUAUAGUGGAAGAAGGAAACACAGGGAUGUUUCUCAUCACCAGUAGAAAGGAAAGGAUCAUGAAAGAUA